UAGCACAUAAUUGAGUAAAUGGUUUUACCUUCCAGAUAGGCCAGUACCGUACAAUUGAGCCGUUAUGCUGUAAUCUGUCCUCUCCCAAAAAGGGCGAAGAUGAUCUCUAUUAUUUAUUUAAUUGUAACUUCGCUGUUGGUUGGUCACACACUCGGGACGUUGCAUCACCACAAUAGAAAACCACCGCCGCAACCUCCAGUCACCAGAUUUCUUGACUUCAUCUUGCCUGACUCGGACGAUGGUGGCUGGGAUGUCCUGGCAGACGACAGCUCACUGAGACUGGCCGCCCCGGGCCCCUGCACCGUCGACGUUCGUCAUGCCAGGGACCUCACCCAGCAGCAGUUCCUGGAGACAUACGCUUACAAUGCGCCUGUGAUAAUCGUUGGGGCUUCUGAUAAUAAAGAUUUCCGCGCUCUGACAAGACGGUCGUCUCUGUUGUCAUGGCUGGGGGAGAGCAAGGUUCGUUUGAGCUCCGCCAACACCUACAGCUACGACAAGCGUGACGUCACAUUCAGCACCUACUGCCACCAGCAUAUGAAGCCCCAGUCUCUGCAGACACUAGCUAACGAAACGUUCUACCUGUUCGGUGAUCACUCACAUCCCCAAUGGCUCUCGCUCCUCGAGGACUACAACAUCCCGCCCUACUCCCUGCCUGGCCACUCCCCAAUGCUGAGCUUUGGUGUCGCGGGGCCGGGCUCUGGAGUGCCCUUCCACUUCCAUGGACCGGGUUUUGCGGAGACGAUCUGGGGUCGCAAGCGAUGGUUCCUCGCACCGCCCGAUGCAGCACCCAUCUUCAACCCAAAUAGGACGACGCUGCAGUGGCUGCUGGAGGACUACCCCAAAGGGCCUCCCCUAGAGAGCAUGCUUGAGUGCACGCUCAACCCUGGCGAGCUGGUGUACUUCCCUGACCGCUGGUGGCACGCGACGCUCAACAUCGACCCCUGCGUCUUUGUGUCUACUUUCCUAAGUCCCUAAGGCCAUCAAAUAUUUAGAAGGAAAUAACCAAUAGAGAAGCUCUCGGCUGUAAAAGUCGCCGUUCCGUCACUCAAGCAAGUUGCAGAUAUUUACUUUUGAUUUCUGUCGCAUCCACGUCGCAGUCGUUCUGUGCCGAUACAUCUCGUUGUUGCUGCAGUCAUUUAGUUCGGCUUUCGCUUUCUGUUCCAAGCCGCAGUCAUUUAGUGCUGUGCGCUCAUCCAAGUACCAGUCAUUAACACUGCUUUGUUUAUCUCAUCCAAGCCGCAGUCAUUUAAUACUGAUUUCUCUCAUCCAAGCCAGAUUCACAGAGUACUGGUCUGCAUUUACUGCGGUAAUUUUGCAGUUCUGCCUCUAAUAAUAAUGGUUGGAGAUCUUGUUGUUCAUCAGUUUAUGAUAAUUUUAUGCUUCUUUUUGACGAGAUUUUUUAUUAGUAACUUUUCGCAAUGGCAAAUGAUUUUGAGAAAAAAUCUAGUGAUCAGUUUGUUAAGUAUGUAAGUGUGAUAGCAAUAGUGAGGUUUCUGCACACAUAAAAAUAUUUUCACACUCGUAUCAGCAUUGAGUAAAGAUUAAAGAAUAAUAAGUCAAUCGUACAGAACGAAUUUAAAUGUCAACAAUCUUUCUGAAAGGCAUUAAGUCAGGAAUGAUGAUGUAAAUUAAGUGACGUCCCGGACUGAUCAUGGUUUGUGGAAAGUAGUUAAGUGCUUUCCAGCCUUUUGAUAUAGUAUUAAUAUAUUUUGCGUGUGUGUGUGUUAUGGCUACUUUUAUCUAAAUAUUCACAGAUCGUGCUAGUAUUUCGUGUGGCAUUUAAUGUUUCCGUCCCGAUGACCAAGUUUCAGAAACUUGUGAUUGUGUGGAGUUGUAGUCGUUAUUUUGUAUAUCACUAAUUAUGGUGAAUGUUUGUUCCGGAAUCUUGUAUUGUGCAAUUGAGGUUAACCGUAGGAGAUAAAUAUCAGAUAGGAGAUAAAUUUGUUAGAGGCUUCUGCAUGAAUUCUUUCGAUAACAUUGAUUUUCAAAAUUCUUGCAGUGAUUGUGGAUUUUUUUUGAGCUAAUUUCCACACUACGGUUAUCUCCUAACUGUUACAUUUAUCUAGGUUCUUUUGUGUACCUGAAACAGACAUUCCACUCUGGGCAUUUCAUUGACAAUAUCCGUUGUCCAUUUAUUCACGGUGAUCCGUAUAUUACAGAUGUUUAUUAUUUAACUAUCUCUGAGAUGGUGUAUGUUCCGUGGCUCAAUCGUGGGAGGAUCUUUGACUCUAUACAAAGAGAUCCACAUUUUCUCUACGAAAUCUUAGUAUUACGUUGUAUUGUAUUUUUAUAGAUUAAAUGGUCGUUGUUUUUCGCUAAUAUACAAUUCAAAUUUAAUGAAUGCCACGAAAGUGCUUCUCUGUGACUGUGAGACACCAUUGUUAUUAAUAAUUACACUUAAUAAUUUCAAUCGUUUUACUGACAUGCUGGACAUAUAGAUUUUUAAAUUUAAGAAAUUCGACUCAUCAUGUCAAUGGCAUAAAAUACUCUCAUUAAAAUUUUGGCACGAACUGGAGGAAAAUAAAAAAAUUAGUUCACUAACAAUUCUAUGUGUCGAGUCUAUUCUUUUUUCUUACUGUAAUAAUUAUUUCCCUUCCACAUUGUUCCACGGAUGAAUUAGCUUAAAAUAAAUAGGGAAUAGAAAUAAUUUUUCAUUA